AUGAAUGCCGUCGACUACACCAAUGUUUUCCUAAUCAUCACUGUCAGCGAGGUGCACCCAGCUGCUACACUGUCGCACAAUGCCAGUUUUCGAAUUGGCAAUAAUGAGAUUUCUGACGAGGAAGGUUCCACGCAUGGCCGGGAAGGGACGCCGUUUACUCGUGUUCCCAGGACCUGGCUCGUAUUGACGUUGAGCCGAAAGCCAUUCGACCCCCUCCUGGGCUGGGUCUUCGGAAGUGAUAAGAAGUCCUGUGACAUUCUGCUCGACACAAGUUCUCGCAACGGCGUCAGCCGUAGACAUUUUAGUAUCAACCACGAUAGGGAUUCGAGGUCCGUAAUCCUGACAAACAUAUCCCAGCAUGGCACCAGACUGACCUCUGAGUCUAUCGGCUUUGAGGGAAUGCGGAUUACUGGCAACGAGAGUUGGAGAAUACGCCCAGACGAAAGGACAACAGUUGAUACAGGGAAGACUUAUGUGUCGAUCGAGGUCCCACGCGAUGCGGUGCGUGGCAAGUGGCGGAGCGAGUACGAGGCUAACCUGGAAGCAUGCUAUCGCGAAGCUCAAGAGGCUGUCCCUCGGAUCGACAAACUCAAAUUCCAUGGUGGUCCGAUCGAAGACACUCCCGCGGAGGCUUAUGCUAGUCGAUACGUCUUACAAGAAAAGCUUGGGUCUGGGACGUUCGGGACAGUCUACAAAGCUUUUGAUCGGUACAGCAAGCAAGUGUAUGCAGCCAAAACAGUGUCAUCCUCUUACUCACCACAGGAGGUCGAAAUUUUACAGAAAACCUCUCACGACCACAUCGUAGCUUUCAUAGAUGCCUUCAAUAGCCCGGAAUCGACAAUCGUGAUGGAAUACAUGGCAGGCGGCAAUUUCUCUCAGCUCUUAUCACCAACUCCAAACGAGGUGUCGAUCACUCUUUAUCAACAGUGUUAG